AACUUGUAGAUAAUUACUUUUUAUGGACUAGCUCCAGCUACGUGGGUGUGGUAGAACUAUAAUUAUUAUACAUAGAUCUAUAUCAAGAGUUGGCAUUGUAUCAUAACUGACAGAAAAAAGACGUAGCUGGCUGUUGUAUAGCCCAAGCCUACUAUAUCUCUGUAAUAAAGUUUCUUCCUGAUAAAAGGAUGUUUGGUGUACCGUGGCACCUCUUGUUCUUAAUCAUGGUGCAGGUCUCUAUUGGAUCUGAUAUUGCCAAUUCAAUUGACACUAAUAGAAGAUUGAAAGGCAUUCCUAGUAUUGGCACUAAUGAAGGCAAUAAGUUUUGUUUUUCUUUUCUUCAAAACAAUGAGGAAAACACCAUUAAUAUACUCAGUAUAUAUAUUGGUACACAAGAACAUGAAAAUGUUGAAUAUAGUAUAAAGUCAAAAAUCAGUGGUGUUGCUAGAAAUGGCAUUGUUAAGCCAGGACAGAUAAAAAAAGAAUUUUAUCAGUAUACCUCCUAUAGUAACUUUGAAACUGAUUUGAGCUUCAAUCCACCAAGAGUAAAAGGUAUGGUUCCAUUCAAUUCAGUGAGUAACACAGGCAUUAUUGUUGAAACUGUGGAUAGUUCACAUAAGAUUUCAGUGAUGGGUUUUAGUGAUGGAGCUGAGACCUCAGAUGGUUUUACUGCUGUUCCAAUGGUCAACAUGUCAAAAAAUAUUUCAAUAGACUACCAGUAUUCAGUAUUCACUGCAGGAGGAAAAGAGUCAUCUAUUGCAGCAAUUACUAUGUGUGAUGAUUUUGACACAGAGAAUGUUACCAUUGAUGCAACUCUCAUUUCUCAAAGAAGCUUUUUACCAUAUAAUGGAUCCAGCCUACCUUUUCAGAGUCAUUACACUUAUGUUAUCACCAGUUCUGAUGAUAUUAUUUCCAGUAUCAAUGUCGUAGCUACUCAACCAAUUGGAUUUAUGACUGGUCAUGAGUGUGGUCAAAUUUCCAUUGAUCAAGUAGGCUGUGAUCAUCUCAUAGAGCAAGUACCUCCUUCUUAUACAUGGGGUUAUAAUUUUUUAACUGCUCCAUUUCAUACAAAUAAUUUUGGAUACAUAUUGAAGCUUUUGCCUGGAAAAGACUUUGGUACUAACUUCAAAAUUUUUUGUACAGUAAAUACUACUGUGACUGUUAAUACUACUGUGGAAAAUUUUGUGAGGACAGAUCGUCUGGUUGCAAAUAGAGGAAUUUUUAACAUUACUACUCAGAGCUAUUGUACUAUACAGUCAAACAAACCUCUUGCUGUAAUGCAAUACGCAAACUCAAACUCAGUGAUAGAUGUUGGUGACCCAGCCAUGGUAUGGAUACCAGCUGUCAGUCAGUAUCUCAACAAAUAUUUGAUAACUAAUGAUGUCUCUAUUCGCUCACAGUCCUUUACCAGUAAUGGCAUUUAUGUGACAGUUUUACCUCAUUGUUUUAAUGCUAGUGCUAUAUUAGACGAGACACCUACGGUGCAUGGCCUCGCUGCUAUAGCCGGGUUAAAGAAAGUAUGCUCCAAAAGGAUAGUUCCCUGCAUUUGCACUUGCUCUUGAAUAUCUGCAGAAGUAUGUGGCAAGUUACUCUAGCUCAUCAUCAGCUGGUAUCAUCAUCUGCAAUGCCGGAUGGCAGCAAGCAAGCUUGGCUAAGAAAGAAGCUAAAACUGUAGAAUUUAUGUAUAAUUAUUGUUAUUAUUGUUAUCAGUUGUAUUUGUUAUUAUUGUUAUCAGUUGUAUAUAUCUGAUUAUUUAGUUAUGCUAAUUUUUCAAGUAUUAGUACAGACAA